AGCUUCUAGAUACUCGAAAAAACUCUAUAAAAUGGAUCAAUCAUUUAACGGAUGUCCAAGUCCAAAGGUGUCCCAAAGAGAGAGAGACCAUUAUUAGUUCCGAUCAAAAUGGAGCGAAGGUUGUUAGAAGCAGCUCAAAAGGGCGAUAUCGAUGAGCUUAAUGAUUUGAUCAGAAGCAAUGGACUCAUCAUCCUCGAGGAGAUGGCUCUUGAAGGAGCUGGUCACACGCCGCUGCACGUCGCUUGUGUGGCCGGCCACUUGGAUUUUGUCCGAGAGCUCCUGAAGUUGAUGCCCAAGUUUGCGGAAAAAGUGAACGCGGGCGGUUUCAGCCCGCUGCACAUCGCGGCGGCUCGAGGUGAUGUUGAGAUUGCGAGGGAACUCUUGAGAGUGGGUGAACACCUGUGCUCUGUGAAGGGACGGGAGAGAAGAAUCCCUUUGCAUUAUGCCGUCGUAAACGGGGAGCUCCAUGUGAUGAAGUUACUGCUCUCUGCUUCGCCUGAAUCCAUAGAAGAGACAACCGCCCGAGAGGAGACCGCACUUCACCUCGCCGUGAAGAACAACCGGUUCGACGCGGUCAUCGUGUUGGUGGAGCAUCUGAAGCAGAAUAAGAAGGAGCAGGUGAUCAAUUGGAAGGACCACAAAGGCAACACGGCCUUGCAUCUCGCUGCCGCCCGCAAAAAUUUUGAGGUGGUGAACUUCAUGCUUCGUGGGCUUGCUCUGGAGUACGAGGUCGUGGAGGUGAACGCCUCGAACGAGAGUGGCUUGACGCCUCUAGAUGUCUCAACUCUCUCGCAAAGGGGAGCAGGAGACAGAGAGAUCAGAGAAAUUCUCGGACGAGCUGGAGCCAUACUCGGAAGAGGAAGAUCAGACACACCCGCUUCAUCACUGGUCUCGGUGGACGAGGACGAGGACGAUAUCCAGGGAGCUAACAGUCAUCAAUCAGAUGGGAAACAAGUAGCGGUUGCUCCUCAAUCAUCAUCAAGUUUGUCAGCGAAAUAUUUGAAAAAAGAAAAGGAGUCAAAACGCAACGCCCUGCUGGUCAUCGCUGCGCUCAUCGCAAGCGCGACGUACCAAUCCGUGCUUGAGCCGCCAGACAGUUUAGGAGGUGACGGGGGGGUGUCUGGCGCAGCCCUGGUUUACACUCUCUUCCUGGGCGGCAACACAUUCGGAUUCCUGAUGUCGGUCCAGAUGAUCAUUUGCCUCACCAAAGAUCUCCCCGUCAGGCAGCCGCUUAUGCUAUGCCUGAUCGCGAUAGUUCAAAAUUACUUUUGCUUCACGGUAGCCCUGGUGUUCACGUCAGUGGAUGCUGACGAGAGUGCGCUGUUCCUGAUGCCGCUUAUGAUAUCAGUUGUCCUUCUACUGAUACAGAAGUGGUUGGCCAAAGUUAUAGAGCUUGUCUUUAGGCUGCUUUCUCGACUUCAUCUCCUCGAUAAAAUGUACAGUCUUGAGGAUUAAUGACCAAAGUCGUGGUUGUCAAUGACGGUAUUCCUCUUUCCUUGAGGUUGAGCUAAGAGAUGCAAGCCUUUAGCAGUAUAGUAUUGGAGUGUGUUCCACGUGGUCAGAUAUUAGAUUGAUGUCAUGGUUCUCUGCAGUUGAGUGUGUGAUGUCUGCAAGUAUUUCGCUGUAUCGUAUUUCCCUAAUAAAAUGUGUCCCGAGUUUAUA